CAGGCUGAAAAGUGAAAACUCACACCUAGAGAGCAAGCUUUCAUUGUUUAGGUUUUCUCUAGUGGGGAGGCAUUGAUGUUAGCAGGAAUGAAGGAGCGAGAGGAAGCUUUACAUUGUUACCUUGCUUUGCUUUCUCAUGAGGCAAUAUUUCUUGCGAAAGUAAGUGAAGUAAAGUGAGGGAAGAAAAGGGAGUGGCUGAGAAACUAGUGAACUAGAGCGCUGAGCGACACAAGGCAAGGGAAAAGAUAAGGAAAAUCAUACUGACAUCAGCACUGGAGACAGGUGUACAGGAGCCGUACUUGGAUCUGAAACUGGAUCAGAUACUCCAGGACCUCUCAAAUAAAAGUUGAACGGACAAAUAAAAGUAUUGGUUGUGUUUUUGCGUUCACCUGCUGUUUAUCGGAGCCCCUUUAGUGGGAAUUAUGGCAAGCUACCUGUACUACCUGCUCCCAGCAGUAGGGGGCUACGCUCUCACUUCACUCUACUUUCUGAAGAACCCUCAUAUUCUGCACAAGAAGAAGCAGACAGCUUUCUCCUGCACCCACAUCUCUCACAGGGGAGGCGGUGGUGAAAGGAUUGAGAACACCAUAGAGGCCUUUACACAUGCGGUUGAAGAAGGCACAGAGAUGCUGGAGUUAGACUGUCACUUGACUAAAGACGGUCAUGUUGUUGUGUCACAUGAUGAGAACCUCCUGCGGCAGACUGGACAAGAUGUCAACGUUUCCUCCCUAAAACUGGAGGAUUUGCCACCUUAUAAGGAGACGCUCGAGGUGACCUUUAAGACAGGCCACGUCAGCACUGGGUCAGAUAGAAACAUUGCAUUAUUAGAGGACGUCUUCUGCAAAUUUCCACAGACAGCUGUAAACAUUGAAGUGAAAGAGAAUAACAGCUUGCUCAUUGAAAAGAUUUCUGAUCUCGUGAAGAAAUACAACAGAGAGGCCACCUCAGUUUGGGCUUCUGUUGACUCUACCAUCAUGAAAAAUUGUCUCAAAACAAAUUCCUCAAUGCCCUACAUGUUCACUGUGAAGCGAGGUUUAAAGCUGCUCCUGCUCUACUACACUGGUCUCCUGCCAUUCGUUCCCCUCGGGGAGAGUUUCCUGCAGUUCUACCUGCCACAGAUCAUAAACAGAGAAUACAUACCUGACAUGUGGAUCAUGAGAAGCAGACUGGUCAUCUUUUUAAUUGAAAGGCUGACGAUGAGAAAAGGGAUGUUCAAGCACCUCAGAGACAGAGGAAUUCAGAUUCAUCUCUUUGUGUGUAACAACGAAGAGGAUAUUAAUACUGCAUUUGCUGUAGGAGCAACAGGAGUCAUGACCGAUUAUCCCUCCCUGUUAUCAAACUAUAUUAAAACGCACACACAAGACACGUGAUCAAACGCAAACACACAAUGUAAUUAACCCUUGCCCAGUCAAACACCACGCACACACACGCUGUACAAAUGCUGUUUGCCUUUAAACACAGACAAGUUUUAUAUCAACGACAAUAUUAUCUUAUCUAGCAUAGUGUUCACACGAAACCUAUGUGGUUUAUGUCAUUCUUUAUGGGUCAGUAUGAACACGCAUAAUAAAUACAACUCAUGCCUUA